AUGACAUCAUCCAUCGACGUUGUCCAAUACCCAGGAAAUGGCAUCCACGCUGAAGAGGUUGACGUGGAAAACAAAUCCACUUCAUCGAGUCCUUUGGAGCAUCCACGAGAUAAAAGUUACGCUUCUUCUGUAUCCGGUAGCGUAACGAUCGUCGAAAGUUUACCGGAACACCGUCAAAUGAUUGAAGAAGAGAAAGAUAAAUCAAAACGUAAAAAAUCAAAAUCUCGUGGUCUCCGUCAUAUACUAAAAAGAGAAGAAAAAGAUACAGUAACAGAAAAGCUAGAGUCAAAACAAAGAUCAAAUGAUGAGAAAAAAAGCGAAAGCUUGGCUCGUACAUUAUCAGGAAUGUUUAGUCAUAAAUCUAAAUCUGAAAAGGAAAAACGUAAGGACAUUGUGGAUAAUAAGAAUCGUAUUGUCCCUAGGCAAACCAAUGAUGGUAGUGAAAUUAAGUCAAAAAAUCGUCGUAGUUUUAUUUUUUCAGAUAAUGAAGAUGAAGCUACGGAACAUGCGAAAAGAGAUAAAAGAACAAAUAUUAACGAUUCUCCACUUUCAGAUAAUGAGAAUGGUUUAAACAAGUCAAAGAAUGGUAGAAAAAAUCGUAUUAGUUUGAACAUUGAUAAAUUAUUAGGACUUGAUGAUGACCAUAAGCACAAGAAUUUUAAUAAUAAUAACAUAACGGAUUUGUUCCUUCCAGAAACUAACGGUUCCCCUAUUAAAACUUAUAAAGGGCGUAUUGACUCCUCCGGCUCUGUCGGUGGACGAGAUUCUCCUGUUUCAAUAUUAAAACGAACAUUGAUUGUACCUAAUCAAACCGAUUCUCAAACUUCGCAUACAACCACUUUUGCCCCUUCAGUUCCUGUAAUUAAUGAUCAUUCUCAGGAAACUAAGAUUGAAUCUGUUGAAUCUGUUGAACAGAAAGAUGAAAUUAAGGUUGAACCUGUUGAGCAGAAAGACGAAACUAAUAUUGAACAGAAAGAUGGAAUUAUUGUUGAACCGUCAGAACAGAAGAAAGAUGAAAUUAAGAAUGAACCUGGUGAACAAAAAGAUGAACAGAAAGAUGAAGUAAAUAUCGAACUUGUUGUACAGAAAAAAGAAAUUAAUAUUGAGCCUAUUGUGCAGAAUGAAGAGUUUAAUAUUGAACCUGUCGAACAAAAUGAAGAGUUUAAGAUUGAACCUGUUGAACAAAAUGAUGAAUUCAAAGAUGAUGACCUUGAUUAUCCUUCCACUCCUGCUACAUCUGUUAACGAGGAUCUAUCCGUUAAUGAACAAGAGUUAAAACUUGUCUCUCAAGUUUCUUCUGACAGUCUUAGUAAUGAAAUUAUAAGAGAAGGUUCCUAUUAUCAGGUCAAUAAAGCUGAAAUUAGUAACAAUAUAAAAGAUCCAAUUGAUGUUGAAAUUACUAAUGAAGAUGGCUUAAAUGAUUCUGACCAAGGUGCAACUUCUAUAACGACUACCACACAAUUAAAUUUCCAUGAACACGAACAUUUGUCAUCAACAUCACCGUCUGAAUCAUCUGCGGUGUCUAAAUUCUUAAUUUCUAACAUCAAUACUGAUAGUAGAAUUCAGAAUUCUUUAAAUCAUGAUAUUGAUCACAAUAAUAAUAACCUUGAAGAGGACGAUAUUAAACGUGAACAGGUUUAUCAUAUUGAGAAUAAAAUUAUAAAAACACCUCAAAUUGUAUCUCCAAUUCCACAAAUUAUUGAAAAACAAGUUAACAUUACUCAAGAGAAUCCUCAUAUUCAAAAGCUCGAAGAACUUCAAGCCGCAAAUGAAUCUUUAAACAAUGCUAAAAUCCAACUAGAAUCCAAACUCCAAGAACAAUCACAACAGAUAGCUAAAUUAACAUCAUUGGAAACUAUCAAUGAAUCCUUAACUAACUUAAAAAACCAAUUAGAGUCCAAAAUUCAGGAGCAAUCGCAACAGAUCGUUAAAUUAACUUCAUUAGAAUCAACCAACGAAACUCUGAUCAAUGUAAAAGACCAACUAGAAUCCAAAGUUCAGGAGCAAUCACAACAGAUUGCUAAACUUACUUCACUAGAAUCGGUAAUGGUUCGUCAAUUUGAAGUUGCUGAACGAAUGGAAGAAACUAUGAGACGAUUAGAAGCAAAAGUAAAUUAUCAAAAAGAAGAGUUUGACGGAUUAUUAGCCGGUCGUAUGGAAGAUACUAUUCGACAAUUAGAGUAUAAACUUAAUGAACAAAGUAAAGAGGUAGAAGGACUAAAAUCGAUCGUAGGACAGUUGUGCUCAAAAAACUCGUCCACAAGUCUUGAUAGCGGCAGAGCCGACACCCUUGUGAAUACAUUGGUGGUUAAACCAUUGGUUAAUACUAUCACGGUUUCAGCUAGUAUUGCUACAUCAGUCCUGUAUGCAGUCUACGUGAGACCUGUUGUAGGUCUUGUAAAAGUCGUUAGACACGGACUAUAA